AUGCUGAAUGCCACUCGUAUGCUCAGGACCACCGUCCCCAGGACACUUUCUACGAGCAGUGUUCUAUCCCAGCAACGAGGAUUGAAGGUCUUGGCAAUCCUUUACGAUGGAGGCAAGGCUGCUGAGCAAGAACCUCGUCUAUUGGGCACCACAGAGAACAGGCUCGGUAUCGAGAAAUGGCUCAAGGAUCGAGGUCACGAACUAGUUGUAACAAGCGACAAGGAAGGCCCAAACAGCGAAUUCCAGAAGCAUUUGCCCACCACUGAUAUUCUCAUCACAACGCCAUUCCACCCUGGCUACCUUACUCGUGCACUCAUAGAAAAGGCACCCAAACUAAAACUCGCCCUCACUGCUGGAGUUGGCUCCGACCAUGUCGAUCUGAAUGCAGCGGCGGAGCGAAAGAUUUCAGUCAUGGAAGUCACCGGUUCAAACGUGGUUUCGGUGGCCGAGCAUGUCAUGAUGAAUAUCCUUCUCUUGGUCCGUAACUUUGUACCAGCGCACGAGAUGAUCGAGCGGGGGGAGUGGAAAGUUAGUGACAUCGCGAGGAACGCGUUCGAUCUGGAAGGCAAAGUCAUCGGAACCAUUGGUGCUGGCAGGAUCGGAUACCGAGUUCUCGAACGUCUUAAGCCUUUCAACUGCAAGGAGCUCCUCUACUACGACUACAAUGGUCUCCCAGCUGACUUAGAGAAGGCCGUUGGAGUACGUCGUGUGCAUGACCUCAAGGAAUUCGUGUCUCAGUGCGACUUGGUCACCGUGAACGCACCCUUGCAUGAAGGUACCAAGGGUUUGAUUAACAAAGACUUGCUCAAGCACUUCAAGAAGGGUGCCUGGAUAGUGAACACUGCUCGAGGUGCCAUCGCGGAUCGUCAGGCUAUUGCCGAAGCUCUAAAGAGCGGGCAGAUCAAUGGAUACGCCGGAGACGUGUGGGACGUUCAGCCAGCGCCUGCUGACCAUCCAUGGCGCACGAUGAAGAACCCUCUUGGUGGAGGAAACGGAAUGGUUCCCCACUACUCUGGCACCACCCUCGACGCGCAAAUCAGGUACGCGGAGGGCACCAAGAAGAUUCUCGAAAACUUCUUCGAUGGGAAGCCUCAGGAAAAGGGCAAUGUUAUCGUUGAUGGCGGGAAAUACGUCACUCCCAACUAUGGCCAAAGGAAGUGA